CAGAGAGAGUUCUUAUAUUUAAAUAUUUAAUGCCAAGCAUUUCUUUUUAUUUAUUUGUUUAUUUUAUUUUUUAUUUAAUUUGUUUAUUUUUGCUUUAUUUUCCCCCUGCUCUCUCUCUACGCCCGCCGAGCACAGCUUUCUCUCUCUAAGCUUGAUUAAUUCAGGGUUUCGGAUCAAUUGGCAAUCCAAUUCCAGUGUUUCAUUGUCCUUUGUAGCUUCUUCUCAGAUCUUCAAUCAAAUCAUCAGUGUAAGUCCUGUCUGUCUCUCUCUCUCUCUCGCAAUUUUUUUCACGUCUCACUCUGUAUAUUCAGUUAAAGAUCAAAAGCAUUCGAUUUUCAAAGUUCAGUUCUCGAAAACAGUUGCGAUUAGAAUUCGAUGUAGACGGUCUCAAACAGCGACGAUGUCAUGUUGGUGCUAGGUAUGAGCUUCUAGCUAGGUUUUUUCUUUUUGUAUAAUUAAUUACAUAUGGUUUGCUUUGAGAACGUACGUAUUUCAAGGUGGACACUUUGAUUGUUGUUGUCCAAAGGGUUCGUAUUUAGGGUUUCGUGAUAUGAUUAAACAGAUACUGGGUAAGCUUCCUCGGAAGCCAUCGUCAAAGUCUUCGCACAAUGGCAGUGCUCCUUCGUCUAUGUAUUCUUCAAAUUCGAAUUCCAAUUCCGUAGGAGUUGGGCUAAACAACAGCUCGAAAAGUAAUGCUGUUCCUGGGAAACCUUCGAAUUCUGGUUCUGGUGUGUCUCGCUCUAGCAAUGGGACUCAUGCCCCAGUAUCAAGUACGGUUAAGUCGGAUCAAGGGAAGAAGUCAGGUCCCAUGGCUGUACAAGUGGACUCGGUGAUGAAUUCUGUCACAUUUGAAGCUUUGCCAAGUUUCCGGGAUGUUCCCAGCUCCGAAAAGCACAGCCUUUUUAUUAGAAAGUUGAAUAUGUGUUGGGCUGUUUUUGAUUUUAGUGACCCCUCAAAGAAUCUCAAAGAGAAGGAAAUAAAGAGGCAGACAUUGCUUGAACUUGUUGAUUAUGUUUCUUCUGCAACUUCUAAAUUUAAUGAGAUCACAAUGGAGGAAAUUACGAAAAUGAUAGCUGCCAAUUUAUUCAGAACCUUACCAUCCUCAAAUCAUAACAACAAAUUACCAGAUAUAUAUGACCCAGAAGAGGAGGAACCAAUGAUGGAACCAGCAUGGCCCCAUCUUCAGAUUGUGUAUGAAUUUCUUCUUAGAUUUGUGGCCUCAUCGGAGACAGAUGCUAAGCUGGCUAAAAGAUACAUUGACCAUUCUUUUUUAUUGAGAUUGCUUGACCUCUUUGAUUCAGAGGACCAACGAGAGAGGGAGUACUUGAAGACAAUUCUACACCGCAUUUAUGGAAAGUUCAUGGUGCAUCGGCCUUUUAUCAGGAAAGCUAUCAACAAUAUUUUCUAUCAUUUCAUAUACGAGACCGAGAAGCAUAAUGGGAUAGCAGAGUUACUCGAGAUCUUGGGCAGCAUAAUUAAUGGGUUUGCCUUGCCUUUGAAGGAAGAACACAAGUUUUUCCUUGUCCGCGCCUUGAUUCCUCUUCACAAGCCCAAGUGUGCGUCAGUGUACCAUCAGCAACUUUCAUAUUGCAUAACUCAAUUUGUGGAAAAAGACUUCAAGCUGGCUGACACGGUAAUCCGAGGUCUUCUGAAGUACUGGCCUAUGACUAACAGUUCAAAGGAAGUUAUGUUCCUUGGUGAGUUGGAGGAAGUUCUAGAAACCACCCAGGCUGCAGAAUUUCAGCGCUGUAUGGUCCCUCUGUUCCGCCAGAUUGGACGCUGCCUCAACAGCUCACAUUUUCAGGUAGCUGAGCGUGCCUUGUUUCUGUGGAACAAUGAUCACAUAAGGAAUCUGAUCACACAGAAUUGUCAAGUGAUACUGCCAAUAAUUUUUCCUGCUUUGGAGAGAAACUCGCAGAGUCACUGGAACCAAGCUGUUCGGAGCCUGACACUUAAUGUGAGAAAGAUAUUUUCGGAUGCUGACCAAGCACUCUUUGAUGAUUGCCUAGUCCGAUUCCAAGAGGAUGAAAUUAAAGAGAAGGAGACUCAGGAAAAGCGGGAAUCAUUCUGGAAGCGCUUGGAAGAUGUGGCAGCCUCCAAGGUUGUAAGCAGUGAGGAUGUGCUUGUUUCUAGGUUCGGCUCUUCAGUUGCUAUUGCUACCAACACAAAUCCGUGAACAACUGUAGGUAGUUGAUAUCAGCAGACCUUGCAAACCGUAAAAACAAAUUUACCCUUUUCAGCAAUCAACAGAUCCAAAGGGUGCAGUUUAGCUAUUGGCCAGCCCCAACUUCACUAGCAUAUACUGCAUAUAAGUUGUCUAGGUGGUUGUGACAAGUGAAGGUGGAGAUUUUGUGGAUACUGAGGUGGAUACUUUCUUCCCCCGGUCCCUUCCUUUUUCCCCUUUGCUGGGGUUGAUGGCUCAUUCCUUUUUAAUCUUGUAAGAUGUUAGCCAUGGAGGCCUAGUUGUGUGUAUCAUAAAGAAUCUGAUUUAAAGUAGUGCCUAUUCGGAUUAUUUUUUUUUCCCAGAAAGCGUCUGUUCGGAUUUCCCACCUGAUGAUAUUUGUUGUGUAAUGAAGCAAAAUAAUCUGUUUCCUUA